ACCACCUUCAGAGAAAUUCUCAGAUAAAAUUCCCAGACAGAUAGACUCAAUUAUCACCGACAUCCAUUUCAAUGGCGUAAAGCCGCCACGUGUCAUAUUCCGGCGAAUAAGAAAUCAACCAUGGACCACCGCCACCACGACUACAGCCACUCCUACUCCCACCACCACCGCCGCCAGCAGAGGUCGCAGCCCGACGGCAACCGCUUCUCUCUCUGCCCGUUCUGGCAGUCCGGUUCCCAAACCUCGUCGUCGACUCAGAUCCUACAGAGCGGCGGCGCAGUACUGGAAUUGAAAUCCAAGCCGAAAACGGUGUCGUCCGUCGCGAGAUCGCUCCUCCCGCCGCGGCGCCGGCUCCGGCUCGACCCCGCCAGCAAGCUCUACUUCCCCUAUGAACCUGGGAAACAAGUGAAGAGCGCAAUUCGGCUAAAGAACAAUAGCAAGUCUCAUGUUGCUUUCAAGUUUCAAACUACUGCACCGAAAAGCUGUUACAUGCGUCCUCCGGGUGGUAUUCUUGCUCCGGGAGAGGGCCUAAUCGCUACGGUGUUUAGGUUUGUGGAACAACCUGACAGCAAUGACAAAAAUGCGGAUCAGAAGGCCAAGGUGAAGUUCAAGAUCAUGAGUCUGAAGGUUAAAGCUGAAACGGACUAUGCUCCUGAGCUGUUUGAUGAGCAAAGGGAUCUAGUUGCGGUUGAGCGAAUUUUGCGGGUUGUAUUUUUAGAUGCACAGCACCCUAGUCCUUCUCUAGAAAAACUGAAGAGGCAGUUGGCUGAAGCUGAGGCCACACUUGAAGUGCGCAAGAAACCUCCUGCAGACACUGGUCCUCGUGAUGUGGGUGAAGGCCUUGUAAUAGAUGAAUGGAAGGAGCGAAGGGAAAAAUACUUGGCACGACAGCAGGUUGAAGCAGUAGGUUCAGGUUAAACCCUGAAUAUUAGCCUUUGUUACAAGUUAAUUUGGCUUUGAUGAGAUUUUGUUGUGGUGUAACAUUGCAUUCUUUCUGCUCAUCAAUCUCUGGAUAAGCGGUAGAGGAAGGUGGAGAAGUAAUAGUCACUCUUAGUUAUGGUAGCUGAGAAAUAAUAUGUUGUCUUGUACAUAAUGAGAGUUUUGUCUUGGGAUGAAAAGGGUGGAUGACUUUGGUAUCA